UCAGGUCUAGCUUCGCUCCGUCGCUUCGUCGCUUGAUGAGCUGCGAGCACGGUCGAGUGACGCCUGGCAGCGCUGGCUAGGGAGGGCGGGCGAGUAUAAGUAGGCGGCGGCGGCGAGCAGGCGCGAAUCCUCUUUGGAUCUCUCUUGGGGCGACUCGACAGGGCACCAGUGAGCCCUCUGAAGCCGUGCUGGCGCUGAUGAGCAGGAUCGAUGGACUGGCCUCCAGCUAUGCCGCCAUCGCCAGACACUUUGCCUCCUCUCGACGCUCUCCAAGCCGACGGCUGACCGCGGUCACCCAGGCCGAGGCGUAUCUGUACCACACCGCCCCCGACAGUGGUCCGAGAGCCAGCUCAUCCGCUCACUCGGCUUCCGACCCUGCCUCUCAGCCUAGCAAGACAUCAGGCCUACCUGCUCGACGGAUCCGAGGUGGCUUCUUCUGGCAAAAUGUCAAGUACAGCGAUUUUCUGCGCAGGAAGUGGAACGGUCUCUUCGUACCUCUCGGUCCUCAGGACACGAGCCCCAUCUCUGUCGAUCCGGCCUCUACAGCCACUCUGGCUCGUGUCAUGUCCGACCAAGCCGCCGAGACCGCCAAGAAUCGCGAGCUCCUCCUGAAGACGCUCAUGGACCAGCCAGCUAUCUUGACGAAGCAUGACCCUCACUCUCUUGCGCAGCCUUCGGACGCAAAGUCUUCAGGUCCCCAGUACUUUGAUAAGAACCGUGCUCUUGCGCGAAAAAGCGAGGAUCGCAGAGGCAGAACCGUCCGGCGCGAUGCUCUAGAGGAAGUCGAUGCGACACCCAGCAUGCACUGGAGCGCUCAGAAGAGAUCAUUCUCGACGACUGCGACCGGCAGGAGCGUCAGUAGCGCAGGGCCGUCACUCAAAAUUGCAGCUCAGUCUUCGAGCAGCCAAGACACAGGCAAGCUGUCGAGUGCGGCAGACAGAAAGCUCGGUGAAGCUGGAGAGGACAGUCGCCCGACGUCUGUCUCAAUCAAACGCUCAGCUAGAAUACCACUUCGCAGGCAAGACGAGCCUGAUGCGGCACUGCUGAUGCAGUAUCGGCCGCUGCAAUCACUCGAGACUCCCAUCGACUCCAUACCCAGCCAAGAGAAUGUCCAGCCUGAACCCGAUAGAUUGCUUGAUCGCCUGAGAGCUCUCAAGGAGUCGAACGUCAGGAGCGACGUUCCAAAGGCGCAAGGUGGGGAUCAUGCAACCCAACCAUCCCUGGCCAGUAUACGUCUGCAGAAAGCGCUCGUGCAACGCACGCCCAAAGUGUAUCGUCAAGCGAGCUCGCCGAGCCGAAGCCGUAAACCGGGUCUGCCUCGCAAGCAAAGACAGACAUUGUUGCACAGAUCUGCCUCACCGCCUUUGUCAAGUGUCCUGAGAGCGGCAGAAGAGCUCUUACCAAUCGAUCCGACAAACAAGCGGAGCUACAGUGCCUCUACUUGCAAACUGGCUCCCCUCGCAAGACGCACUCGCGCCCGCAUGACAAGGCCGCGCAACACGAUCACACGAAUUGUAGCCAGGCCGCGUUCACCUAGCGUUGCACAAACGACUGCCAGAGACGUUCCCGCAACGGCGAACAUGUUGCUUCCGUGGGCGCAGUCGGCUCCGCCGGGCCUCUCGCCGUCAGCUGCAGAAUCUGCUUUUGAGCAAGAGCUUUUCAAGUGGUUCCCAAACGCGCCCCGAAUGGGCACACAGCCAUCUCAGACGACUUCGUUCCCGAGUGACGCCAUGAUCGCAAGCAAAACUCCGAGUGAGAUCUUCCAGAACCGUGUAAGAUCUGCUCGCAGGGACAAACACGAGCCGACCUCGACGGACAUCGAAUUCGACAGACAGGUCGAGGCCAUCAGUGCUCAGCCGACCGACUUGGACCUCUUGCGAUGGGCCUCCGCUGUGCUCGAUCUCCAGCUGGGCAUGUCUCAGCAUGACCCUUCGGACGAGAUUGCAACAAUCGAUUUGACAACCUCAAUCUAUCCUCGCGUUCUUGCGAGGACUAUGUCGGUCUUUCGAGUCCGAUUCAAUCGGCCUGCCGCAGCACUAGCCCUGUUCGAGGCAGCAUCCACUAGAUCAAUCCGCCACCUGAUUCUUGGCUGCACGACCGAGGUUUAUAACGAGCUUUUGCGCGCGCACUGGCACUCUUACGGCAGUAUCGAGACCGUGCUCGACGUCAUGCUCGACAUGCUCAAGAAUGGCGUCGUCUUCAAUGCUGCCACUGCAAGCAUUGCCAACAGCAUCGCAGAGGCAGUCAUGGCAGAUACGGUCCAAGCAGUCUCCGCUCACGAGCAAUACAAGCUGAGCGCUGAAGCUGCACCCAUAUCAACGUACAAUUGGGAAGAUGAGACGAGCUCGGAUGGCAAGGCUGCCGAAGCCUCUGCGACGCACGGCCAGCGAGAGUCACAAGGGCCCAUCGAUUCAGCUAGUCGGUUCAGCCGAGCCGAAUUGAGAGCGCAACAGCAGAUUGCAGAGAUGAUUGCAGAUAGCGAGCAAGAGCGGCAACAAAGCCGUCGCAACGGUUCUGCAUUUGCAUCGCGCGCUUCGGAGCGUCCAGGCUCUGUCCGCUAGCAGGUGUCUUGUGUCUACGAGAUGCAUACAUUCUUGAUAAACAUGGUGCA